AUGACACCAAAAAGCAUUGAAGAGGCUUUCCAGCGGCAUCCAAGACCGCAAGUACCCACGAAAGCAGCAAUAUCCCAGCGGCUUACCGUACCUACGAAAGGAGCACUACUACAGCGAGCGAAAGAAGAUGAAAAGCGCCGUGCUUUACUGCAGACAGUCAAUGAGAGCCCUUGGACAAUGUUAACUCGACAUGGUGAAUUAUUGCAAGGAAAGUCCGUGCGGUCGAUCUGCGUUAGUCAGGGAAAACUCGUCAUGAUUAAAGAAAUAGCCAGCAUAGCGGGCCGCCGACAGCUUGAGAUGUCAAAGAAGCUAUCCGAACAUUCACACGUCUCUACCAUCCAAAAAGCUUUCGAAGCUGAGAAUCUGAUCUACGUUCAGCUUGAGUACUCUAAGUAUACACUAGAAGAAAUUCUCAAUGUUCACAUUUGCCUUGAGGAAGCGCACAUACGACCUGUACUAGCUGACUUCGAUGACUUUUCAUAUAUGACUACGGAGCAUACCCCGAACAAGGAUCUUGGUUGCCUUGCACUCGCAAUUAUUGAAUGCAUGAACGGAACACCAAAAAAGGAAUUGCGAAAUCUCGAGGAGGUGCGUCGCCUACGAGACUCCAACAAAACUUUUGGCCUUGAUAAUGGCGAAAAAUGGAGUGGCUAUAAGCUAUUGAUAGACUUUCUUGACAGCAUGCUUGAUAUCGAUAUCUUGGCUACCUUUAAGCUUAAAAGACCUAUGUCGUCCGCACCUUCCCAAUCCACCCACCAAGAUGACUCUUGGGAGAAAAUGUUCAGUUUCGACCCAACCAAGAGCCCAUUUCUCCCUCAGUCAAAUGUCGGGCCUUGUCCGACAAGCCUCAAUUCGAACCUGGAUAUAUUCUCUGCUCAACCUCUGUUCCUUCCCGAGUCGUACCUUCCACAGCCGAACUACUACCCGGACCAUCCAGCACCGCAGAUACAAAUUGCUUCAAUGUUACCGUAUGAGUCGGCAUCGGGGUUCGAUUUCGUGGAGGGAAAUACUCAAAGUAGCACGUUUGAUGCGAUCCGUGGUGACCUUGACAAGGUCAUCAUGUCAGUCUGGCAGCUUAAGAAUGACUAUCAAACACGAAUUGUGCAUCUUGACAACGAGGUUGCAAAAGCUUCCGAAGCGGCAGAAACCCUACGGAAGGACGUGGAUGCUAUCGGAGAUUGGGUGCAGCAAGUGGUUGCAUUCCUGAAUGGUGCGGACGACCCUGUCGAACUACCAUGCACCGAGCAACCAAAUGAGGCGCAAGAGGACCCAAAUCCGGCUGGAGAUAACCAGGCACAGUGA